UUUGCAACCGUUCAUCAUGGCGAUCUGAGAAAAAUAAUUUUUGCUCAAAAAUAAAAUAAAUAAUCAAAAGAAUUGUAAUUCCUGCGAACGCAAAUGCGAUUUUGGGAAACACUAGCAAAUGCUCGUCGAGAAUCCAAACCAGUAAGCCAAACGCCAAAGAAAAACUUCCAAAAGUCUGUGCAUAAACAACGAACAAUAACAAAAGGCAGCAAGCGGAAGGUGGCAGUGGAAGUGGAUUAACUCGCCCGUGGAGAAGUGCGGAGCACACAGGACUGCAAAGUGGCGUCGCUACUGGAUAUUAGGGCUGGGGCAGCAGCGGCGUCCAUGUCCACGGGGCACAAAGGGUGGACCUCCAAGAAUCACGACCGCACCACAGCCAGGAGAGCGCAGCAGCAGCAGCCGGUGUGGUGUCGCCAACUGUGGCCUUAAGCAUGUAGUCUUGCAGCAAACAACCCGUUCUCUAACAAGCACAAGACACAAGAACAAGGUACCAAUCGAAGCAAAAACACACAAAUAUCCAAUCAACACCAAUGAAAAAUGUCACAAAGAGGUAAGCGCGGUAAUCAGCAUCAUCACCAGUCGCACCAUCCGCCGCCGCAACAGCAUCAGCGCAAGGAUGUUGAGCCGCAGCCGCCGCCCACCAAGCGGCGCAAAGGUAGGCCACCUAAUGGAGCCACUACGGCAGCAGUAGCUGAAGUGACUGGAGCGGGUCCAGCUACAGGGUCAGAGCGUGUGCCAGUUUUGCCUUUGUGCAAAAGCAAACAUGAAGAGCCAGAGACGGAAGCAGGGGGAGGAGGACAAGGAAGAGCUGCGGCAGGCGCUACCAGCACUAGCAAAUCGAAGUCAACGAAACUGGCAAAGUCCGCAAGCAAGUGCAAGUCGCAGGGGGCGAGUUCUAGUAGCUCCUGGCAGGCGCGGUCUGUAGCGGACAUCAAGAUGUCGAGCAUCUACAAUCGAAGCUCAACGGAAGCCCCAGCUGAACUUUACCGCAAGGAUCUCAUUAGCGCAAUGAAAUUGCCAGACUCUGAGCCGUUGGCCAACUACGAGUAUUUAAUAGUAACGGACCCAUGGAAGCAGGAAUGGGAAAAGGGUGUGCAAGUUCCCGUUAACCCAGACUCCCUUCCAGAGCCAUGCGUCUAUGUUCUGCCCGAGCCUGUUGUGUCUCCAGCGCACGACUUUAAGCUCCCGAAAAAUCGCUAUCUGCGCAUUACCAAAGACGAGCACUACUCGCCGGAUCUGCAUUACCUGACGAAUGUUGUUGCCUUGGCGGAGAACACAUGUGCCUAUGACAUAGAUCCUAUUGACGAGGCCUGGUUGCGCCUCUACAACAGCGAUCGUGCCCAAUGCGGUGCUUUUCCCAUAAACGCGACGCAGUUCGAGCGCGUCAUUGAGGAGCUAGAGGUUCGUUGCUGGGAACAGAUUCAAGUCAUACUUAAACAAGAAGAAGGCUUGGGCAUCGAAUUCGAUGAGAAUGUCAUCUGCGAUGUUUGCCGAUCGCCCGACUCCGAGGAGGCGAAUGAAAUGGUAUUCUGUGAUAAUUGCAAUAUCUGUGUGCACCAGGCGUGUUAUGGCAUUACAGCAAUUCCAUCAGGACAAUGGCUAUGCCGCACUUGUUCGAUGGGAAUUAAGCCGGACUGUGUCCUCUGUCCAAACAAGGGCGGCGCUAUGAAAUCCAACAAGUCGGGUAAGCACUGGGCACACGUCUCUUGCGCUCUGUGGAUACCCGAGGUCAGCAUUGGGUGUGUGGAUCGCAUGGAACCCAUCACGAAAAUCUCUAGCAUUCCUCAGUCGCGCUGGUCCCUGAUCUGUGUACUUUGCCGCAAGCGCGUUGGCAGCUGCAUCCAGUGCUCAGUAAAGCCCUGUAAAACAGCAUACCACGUGACUUGCGCGUUUCAACAUGGCUUGGAAAUGCGUGCAAUCAUAGAGGAAGGCAAUGCUGAGGACGGCGUAAAGCUUCGAUCCUAUUGCCAGAAACACAGUAUGAGCAAGGGUAAGAAGGAAAAUGCUGGUAGUCAUGGGGGAGGCAGUGCCUCAGUCGCAAGCGCCAUGCAGAAAGCAAACAGAUACGGCAGUGGGGCUGGUGGAGGAGCCGACGAUGGCAACAACGCGUGCGGGACAACUGGAGAGGAUCCACGCAGGCGGAAAAAUCAUCGUAAAACCGAACUGACCUCCGAGGAACGUAACCAAGCCAGAGCUCAGCGUCUUCAGGAGGUGGAAGCUGAGUUCGAUAAGCAUGUUAACUUUAAUGACAUCAGUUGCCAUCUGUUUGAUGUCGACGACGAUGCUAUUGUUGCCAUAUACAAUUAUUGGAAGCUCAAGCGAAAGUCUCGACACAAUCGCGAGCUUAUCCCGCCCAAGUCCGAAGAUGUGGAGAUGAUAGCCCGUAAGCAGGAGCAGCAGGAUAUGGAAAAUCAUAAGCUGGUCGUGCAUUUGCGACAGGAUUUGGAGCGAGUUCGUAAUCUCUGCUAUAUGGUUAGUCGAAGGGAAAAGCUUUCCCGCUCUCUCUUUAAGCUACGUGAGCAGGUAUUCUACAAGCAGCUUGGAGUUCUGGAUGAGAUGCGCUUGGAGAAGCAGCAGACCAAACAAGAGCAGCAACAACCUGUGAUGGAUCUGAACGCUGUAAUCUACGCCAACGACGGACCUACUUUGUAUGACCGUUUCUACAGCUCUGUGGGAGGACAAACUGUGCCGGCGCAGUACCAGGAUUUGAAAUACAUCCUUGAACAGCUUAUGGGGAAGCUGCAGAGUGGUAAACAGGGCCGUGGCCGUGCCUCGCUGUCUCCCAACAAACGCAAGCAGCCUGCUAAACCUUCGCCAAACAAGAAGCUUAAUAAUGGCAUUCUUAGUUCACGCACAUCCUCGCCUGAGAAGACUGCGGCAGGGAGUAAGGUGGGAACGACUGCAUCCAAGGUACGGUCUCCGCCAGAGAAGCAUCCUACAGGGAGGCGUGCCUCGAAGAGCAGCGCGGCGGCGGCGACGUCGACCCACAACAAAAGUCAAUUCCACUCAAAUAUCCGCAGUAGCACGACCUCCCAUUCGUCAAGCGGCACUUUAUCAUCAGGUAAUUCCAGCUCGGCGAACGGUACCAGUAGCUCCGAUAGUUCCUCAGGAAGUGAUUCGGGUAGUGAAAGCGGUAGCUCUAGCGCGGGUAGCGGAGUCUCCAAGCGAAAGUCUUCCUCAGGAAGUCCCCUUAAAAAGCAAAGCUACGCUCGGUCCGUUGAGCAGCGGCAAAAACAGCGGCAGAGACGUCAAAGUGAAGCAGUUGCGGGUGCGUCUGCAGCGUAUCCGGAUUCCAGGUCUGCAAGCAGCUCCAGCGACGGUGAAGACGAGCGAUGUAGAAACCGCCAGGAACCAGAGCGUGGUGCGAGAAGGGGGCCAAUCCAAAGUAAAUCAGUACCUAAUAGGAGCCAGGCAACUAGGUCAAAACCUACCACGGAAACAGGCGUUGGAGAGGGAACUGGUGCCUCAGCAAGACGAAAGUUGUCUACAACAACACGAGGACUUGCCCAAAUGGAUAAAGAUGCCGAGGAGAGCGUAUCGAGCGACGAAAGUGAGGAAUUGUUGCCUCUAAGAGGCGAACGACAGCGUGAGAGCACAACGACUUCCGGAGUAGCCAGGACUGGUUCGACCAUUGGUAGAAAUUUGGGACAGCAUAUCUACUCCGACUCCGAAAGCAGUUCCUCUGAACAAGAAAAAGACCAGGAGGAGCAGGCAACCGUGGAAAGCAAUGUUAGUGACUCACAAAACCAACAGACGAUUAGAACAAAGGCAGCUAUGAAAGAGUUUGUGCCAGGAACAGCAGCCACAACAUCUUCUACUUCCCAAGCAGCGUCCUCAACUAGUAAAGCGAAGAACACGAGGGAAGGAAAGGAAGGGGCUACCAGUAUCGGCAACAGUACAAAAACCAAACCGAACCCGAAUGCCAAGUUGUAUCCGGCAGAUCUUUUGGUGGUGCCACAGCGCCAGGCAGCCAAGAAGGCUUCUGAGAACAUGCGAUCCACAAAUCUCGCGACGACGCUACAGCCAGAUGUGUCUGACAGAGUCAGAGAGCCAGACAUAAAUUCCAUUUCAGUCCCUGCAAAGAGCAAGCUGAAGGAUUCAAGCUCUCGUGUGUCGAAUGAAACGGAUAAAUCAAGUCUUGAAAAAGUACGAGCAAAAGAACACUUACAGAAGACGGUUGGAAAAACGUCCGAAAGCGCACCUGCUGAACGUGGAAAGCGCGGAAGGCCACCAAAGGUCCCAAAGGAUGCUCGUCCGCCAUCUAUUACGGAAAAUGACAAGCCUGCCCUCCCAACGCAUACUCAAAGCAAGCCCCAAUCUGUCGUCGCUACCCCAGCCUCAGCCAAGUCUAACUUUGCAGUCUCAUUGGUUCCCCAACGACAAGCGGCUAAGAAGGCAGCCGAGCAAUUAAAGAGUAGCAAACCCGUUCUAGAAUCUUUCUCAACGGGGAACGACAUUUCCGACAAAGAAACAAUGACGUCGGCAACGGGAUCCGGAUCAGGAUCAUCUGUUCCAGCGCCCACCACGCCAAUUAAGCCUACCAGACGGACCUCAAUUAAAGAAGCACCAAUUACUCCAAAGGAACCCUUAAGCAGCAGAAGAAAAUCAAAAGAAGAUUUGCUGGCGACACCUAUAAAAACAACUCCCCCGGUUAAGCGCCGCGUAGUUGUCCCCAAUCUUUCAAGUUCUAGCUCUGGCGACAGUGAAAGUUCCAGCUCCUCUAGCAGCUCAGGAAGUAGUUCCAGCAGUGGUGGCAGCGACUCGGACAGCGAGUCUCAGGCCAGCAAUUCGGAAAACCCAUCUAACAGAGAGCCUCCUGUAGCCCCUGCGAAAGUGCCAUCUGAUUCCUCUCUUGUGCCAAAACGUUCACCCCGCAAAUCUAUGGAUAAGCCUUCAGCAUUAACUGUUGCGCCAGCAUCGGUCAAUAUAUUGAAUAUACCAUCUACGCGGUCUCGCCAGAACUCUACAACAAAAUCGCCAAAGGUAGCACUGCAGAAGGCAGUGGUAUCCGUUGAGGAUGACGUCAAAAGUACGCCGAAAUCACAACGUCUCCAGGGCUCUUUGGACGAAUGUGUAAAGCGGGUCCAGUUGGAACAGGCUACCAAAAGAGCGACUCGGGGCUCCAAGUCGCGACCGCCCUCGCCUACUGCUAAAUCGUCUCCAGAAAAGACAGUAUCCAGAUGUAAAUCUCGAGCGGAAGAAUCUCCUAAGAAGGUUGCAAAUUUAGAACAAGAAAUUAGCCAGAGAAAAGUAGCUAGCGGGAAAGCGACUAGUUCGUUGGACAAGCUGUUAAAUAAGAAACAGCAGCAGAUAAACCAUUCUGCUAAAACUAAAUCCCCACCAAUGUCACCAACUCCACCUGCUUCUGAAACACUUAUCGUAAGAGAUCAAUGUGAUCUUAAACCCGAAGAGGUGUCCAUCCAACAGACUAACUUGGAAGCAGAUGCACAACCCGAACCCGAUCUGGACCCAGAGUCUGCGGUAGAAGCUGGUGAACUUCCAAUGGAUAUUGAUGAGGAGCUUACCACUGCUCCAACGCGAACCCAAGUAUCUGCAAGCGCGAGUAAACUGGCAGACAUAAUCGACGAUGAACGUCCACCGGCCGCUCCGCUACCCGCCUCGCCCACUCCUACCCCUACCUCUAAUGACGAGUUGUCUGACGCUGGAAGUGAUCUUAGCGAACGGCGGCGCAUGCGCUGGCGUUCCCGACGAAGAAGAAGGAGACGCAGUCACGAGCCCGACGAGGAACACACGCAUCACACCCAACAUCUCCUCAACGAGAUGGAAAUGGCUAGGGAGCUGGAAGAGGAACGUAAAAACGAGCUGCUUGCAAAUGCGAGUAAGUACUCGGCGUCUACAUCCUCUCCAGCAGUCACUGUUAUUCCGCCCGAUCCGCCGGAAAUAAUUGAACUGGACUCAAAUUCUGCAGAGCAGCAACAGCAGCAUCUGCAUGACCAAUCCCUGCCGCCUCCGCUUGUUGUGCAAUCCCCUGCUGCCGAUGUUGUACCAACAGUUAUGCAGCAACAACUGCUACCCUCACAACGGCCCCUAAUAGAGCAACUUCCUGUCGAGCACUUACCCAUCGUUGAGACAAUACUGGAGAUGGAGGACAGUAAAUUCGCUAACAACUUCGCGUCGAACCUAGCCAGUGUGUUAAAUCCUCCCAAUCAGAUGAGUCUAAUCGGGUCUAGUAUAGACAGGGGUAAGCAAAUAAGUGAGGAGGAUAGCAUCCAAGCAACCCGAAAUCUCUUAGAGAAACUGCGCAAGACGAAACGCAAGGCACAGGAUGACUGCAAUAGCAAGGAGGCGGUCGAUCUAUUACCUCCAACUCCAGCCAUCCCAUCGGUUUUUCCUUUUCACAAUGCUGCGGACCCAGAGGAUAUCAUUCAUGCUCAAAAAGAACAGCAGCAGCAGCACCAACAGCAACAGCAACAGCUGCAAUCAGCACAAACAUGUAUUUAUGGAAACUCAUCAGGACCUAACUCUGUUGCAUCAUUGACUAUCAAGGAUUCGCCUAUGACAGCCAACAGUGGAAGCUAUGCAAACAGUCUCACCAACACUCCAAAUGCUACACCCACCAACGCAACAAUGAACAAUCUUGGGUUUCAAGUAAAUUUUCCGAACUCUCAGCAACAUCCAACGUUAGGUCUCUUCCUGGAAAAAUCACCCCACCAGAAAGGGGCUUGUCCCCUAUCUAGCAACGGUGGAGCUAAUGUAGGGCAACCUGGACCCACUCCAGACUUUGUAGACUUGGCAGCGGCAGCGGUGAAGAACACUCUCGGAAGCUUUCGCGGAGCUGCAACCGUUCCCACACAAUCCGGAACGGGAGGAAAUGCGAAGAUCACCGACUACGAUGAGAGCACACGAAUGCAGUCGCCAUUCGGGGGAAUGCCGUGGAACGAAAGCGAUCUCAUUGCUGAGAGAAGAAGUAGCUCGCCUAGUUCAGUGUCCGAAUCAAAUGAUCCUCCUCCGCCACCUCCAGUCGUUUCGGCAACAGCAACAACGGCUCGAUCCCUCGCUCAGCUUGAGAGCUGUAAAAACUUUUUCAACAGCUAUCCAAGCGGUAAUGCCGGGCCUGGCACUGCAGCAAACGCUACAGCGCCCUUUAACCAUCCUCCAAUGGUGAACGGUAUUGAUUCCAUACCAAUGUUCAACAAUACUAAUACGACUCAGCAGCAACCGACGACGCCAACUCAUCAACAGCAACAGCAGAGAACUCCAAACAAUCAGUACAACGGAACUAUCUACCCCCAACUAGCGGGUAUCAUGCAUCCACAGACAACUCCUACAGAACCGCCUUCAAGCUUAUACGGCAAUGGGGGAGUUGUAGGUGCUGUGCAGUCCACUACACUACCUCCACCGACUCAGGUCAACCAGUACCCCGGAACACCUUAUUCCGCGGCUAGUUUGGGCAUGAUUUCUGUACAACAGCCUGCGCUUUCAACAGUUCCUGUUCAGACUACAACAACACCCAAUCAUCCGUUUUCUCUGACUUCGCCGAUUGAUGGAAAAAUGCCGACAUAUCCGGCUCAGCUUCUAAGCAGCUGUGCAGAAGCAGCCGUUGCGUCGAUGAUGCCACCAACCCCACCGGUUACAGUUACAGCCAAGGACUCGCCAAGCAAGAGAACAAGCGUCAGUGGUAGUAACAUAUCUAAAAAACAGACACACAAAUCACCCCAACUUCCGCAAGGAAAAUCGCCCGGAAAGUCGCCAAGACAGCCUCUGCAGCCACCAACGCCUCCUGCACCAGUUCCCGUGGUGGCAUUGCCGCCGACUAAAUAUGACCCCCAGACGCACACAUUACAGGGCAAGCCGCGGCAGCGUGCUCCGCGCGGAAGCGGCGGCUCUGGAGCGCCAGGCAGGGGCAGGGGACGUGGAAGGGGUAGAGGACGUGGAGGAGGAGUUACCAGUGGGAUGGCUAUGGUACUGCCUCCGCCAAUGUCAGAUUACGGGAGCAAUACUCAUAUAGUCAAUAACUUGGUCGGAACUCCAUUUGAAUUCAACAACGAGUUUGACGACAUGGCAGGACCUGGUGUGGAGAAUCUGCAAUCGCUAAGGGACCGGCGAAGAAGUUUUGAGCUUCGAGCUCCACGAGUUCAAAACAAGUCAUCCACUACGCCAACAACUGCAGCAACCACAAAUCCUCUUCUCCAUCCAGUGCUGCCGGGACCUGUAGACAUGAGAACGUACAAUCUCGGAUUUGAGGCACCGCACAGUACAGCAUCUCAAGAGGCCUACCAGAAUAAUCUUCUGGGUGCGUUUGACUCGGGAACCGCUGAUCAGACACUCAGCGAGUUCAACGAGGAGGACGAACGCCAGUUCCAGUCGGCACUGCGAGCAACUGGAACUGGAACCUCGCCCAGCAAACAGCAUUCAGGACCAACGGCACUGGUUGCACCUACAACUGGUCCCAAUCCAACACCUGCACAAAAUCUUCUUUUACAUUGCACGGAAGCAAACCAAAUGGCACCCAAUGUGGCUGCCACAGGUGCUGCUACGCAUUUGGUCGAAGGCUCGCUGGUUGAAGCAUCUCUAGAGGCCACUUCAGAGGAGGUAUCGAUCGACUCAGACAGCACGAUACCACACUCCAAGACCUCGAUUUCAGAUGCCAGAACUCAGAUUAAACUUAAGAUCAAGAGCCCACUGGCCUAUCCAGAACACUAUAACGCCAUGACGAACAGUAACAGUCUGACUCUUACCAGCACUCUGGUGCAGUCGUCAAAUGUAGUGCAAACCACCGUAUCCACGUCGACUGUAGUCAGUGCGUCAUCAGCCGUUAGCGGCAACUCUCGCCGCAUGCGAAAGAAGGAACUUCUUAGUCUUUAUGUGGUACAGAAAGAUAACCACAAUGACGAUAGCUCAUGCGGACUGCCAGCCGCAUCCGACACUUUGCCCCUUGAGAAUUUGCGAAAGUCGGAGGAGGAAGACGAACUUUCAGGUGGCAACGGUACGAAAAGGUUCAAAAAGAACUCUAGCAGCAGGGAAUUGCGUGCUCUUGAUGCGAACUUAGCCCUUGUGGAGGAACAGUUGCUUUCAAGUGGUGCAGGAGCUUGUGGAGGAGGAUCAUCGGGUGACGGCAGACGGCGUAGCGCUUGUAGCUCUGGUAGCAAUAACGACAACAACGGAAAGACUGGGGCAGCUAGUAGUGCAGGUAAGAGGCGAGGACGCAGUAAGACUCUCGAAAGCAGUGAGGAUGACCACCAGGCCCCUAAGCUGAAGAUCAAAAUCAGGGGGUUGACGGCCAACGAGACACCUUCAGGUGUUUCAAGCGUCGACGAGGGCCAAAACUACAGUUAUGAGAUGACCCGAAGGGCUUGUCCACCUAAAAAGCGUUUGACUAGCAAUUUUAGCACUCUUACACUAGAGGAGAUCAAGAGGGACUCGAUGAAUUACCGCAAGAAAGUCAUGCAGGACUUUGUCAAGGGCGAGGACAGCAACAAGAGAGGGGUAGUAGUCCAAGAUGGCGAGUCGCUCAUAAUGCCCCAGCCUCCCACAAAACGACCUAAGUCUUCCAAGCCCAAAAAGGAGAAGAAGGAAAAGAAACGGCAAAAACAGCAACAGCUUAUCUUAAGCAGCAGUACAACCACCAUGACCACGACCUUAAUUGAGAACACGGCCAGUGCGUCGCCAGGUGAUAAGCCUAAGCUGAUCCUCCGUUUUGGCAAACGAAGGGCGGAGACCACGACAAGAACCGUCAGUGUGGAGCAGCCUCCUACCUUGGAGGCUCCAGCACCCCUGCGAUUUAAAAUAGCCAGGAACUCAUCUGGCGGCGGCUACAUAAUCGGUACGAAGGCGGACAAAAAGGAUGAGCCUACGGCAGACAACACGUCUCCGAUUACGGAGCUGCCACUUAUAUCACCACUCAGAGAGGCGUCACCACAGGGCAGACUGCUCAACAGCUUUACACCGCACUCCCAGAAUGCUAAUACGUCGCCAGCCCUGCUUGGUAAGGACACGGGUACCCCAUCGCCGCCAUGCUUGGUGAUAGACUCUAGCAAAAGUGCAGACGUGCAUGACUCCACAUCCCUGCCCGAGAGUGGAGUGGCUGCGAUGGGCGUGCAGUCGUCCCUUGUGGAUGCGACCACACCUUUGUGUGUCAACGUGGGAAACUACGAGAAUAGCAACAACUCAUUGCCAUCAGCCAGUGGCACCGGAUCGGCUUCCAGCAACUCCUGCAAUAGCAACUCGAACAACAACAACGGCAGUGGAGGAGGACGCGCCAGCGGGGAAGGCGCUUUACUUCCAUUGAAAAAAGACUGUGAAGUUAGAUGAUAAUCGGAGAACGCGAAAAUGUCGCAUGUAAGCGUAUCCUGUAACUUCGUUCAUUCAAGCUUUCGAUAAUCCCCUCCCUUUGUGAUUUGGUUCCUUGCCCUCGCCCCCAUUAGAGUGUUAGCUUUCAUAGAAAAUGAGCGAACUGCAGGUCCUUAAUCGAACUUUAAAUUGUACAGUUAGUAUGUAAGCCCCUUAACCAUUCUUUUAUCUGUCUCUAACUGGUUUGUUGUAAUCGCAUCAGCGUAAAGAAGAUAUUAUCUAUACACACCUAUAUAAUAUUAAUAUGCAUAUAGCACAUUAUGCGAGAAACAAAAAAUAUAAAUUGUACAUUUUUAGAAGCAGAUUGUACAUUUAAGGCUUUGUAAAUUAUUGUAUUAAAGAUAUAAACGAAACAAAAAAGCAGACACAGUCGUCUAGCCUAAAAAAAAUCCAAAAAUGCUCUCGGUUUAGGUUUAUAAAGUUUCCAUUCACCUAAAAAUCCUUCCACGCCUCCUACCCACUAAGCAUGAUUGAUAAACCCCAGCAUAUAUAAUAAACACUAUUUAUUAAUAAUUA